ACAGCUCUCUUUUCGUUGUUGUUUGCCGCAAAACAAACCUUCAGGGACGUUAUGCCUUCGCUGCAUUUCACCCGCGAAGCUCUGUUAGAUUUUUCGCGUGGGUCCCAACAAACCGUGGAUAUUAACCUAAUGCCAAAGAAUAAAACGAAGCUGGUCAAUAAAAAAUAUUUUAUACGAAAUAACAGUUGUGGAGGAAUUCAAGAAUGCGUCGCGAGCUUCGUAAAACUUGUGGAACUAACUGAAGAAAAUGGUGAAAAUGAAAGCAACAAAACGGAGUUCGAUGAAUAUUUCACUUUACAACCUGAAGAUAUUGAUAAUUUCCUUGAUCAUCCAACGAGAAAGAACUUGCCGAGGGAAGUAAUAGUCAAAGUCCAAGCGGGCCGGGAAAAUGCUCGAAGACGGUUAGUACUCAUCUCAUUUAAUGAAACAACAAUUGUCAACUCGACGAAACGCGAAGUUUACAGACCACGUACUUCGCCCUCGAACAAAUUUAUGAAAGCACUGAAAGAUGUGGAGUUAGCCUUGGUGAAUGCAAACGCAUAUGCCGUUAGGUUCAGCCAUGAUACCCUACCUAAACUAAAAGCGCUUGUCGAGAGAGCUAUCCAGAGAAACAACCAUAAAUACGCAAGACAGGUAAGGACAGUGACGCGCUAUAUCUGAAACGUAACAAACAAGGACACAUUAGUUCCAAGAACUAUUGAUAGUUCCAAGAACUAUAGUUUUCCUUGUAAUAAACUGGUUGGUAAAGGCAACGUGAUAUGUGCGAUCUAAUUUUCAUUACAUCAGUUCUCUCAGCUCCACAAGCGCAGAGCUACCAUUUAACAGGGCGCCCUGAUUUAACUCUCCCGCAUUCGCCCCAGGUAAGGGAAUCAAUGGAUUCCAGAAUCCCGGAAAAUUUUGCUUUUGGAAUCCGGAAUCCUUGGCUUUGGACUCCGGAAUACAGCUCAAGGAAUACGGAACGGAAUCCAGAGUCCACAGUUAGGAAAUCAGAAUGCAAGACUGUCUUGGUUUACCUUACAUGGGGGAGCAGAAACGAAAUGGUGUUUUCCUAACACGCUUAAUUAGAAUAUUUAUCUCCGCAUCUUUGCGGCAGGCAUAUGAAAGUUACUUUAUUACAAAGAAAGUAACUUUUAACGUGUAAGCUUCCCUUUUGGUCAAGUUUGAGGUCUAGAAUUUUCAAUAUUAGAGAGCAUUGGAUUAGACUACCACCACAGCUCUGAGAGGUAUUAGUACUGAUAUUGGAACGAUAUAUUGAGAGGGACUCCCAUCUGAAAAGAAGGGAUGCUUGUCUUAAUAUAUCAGAAUAAAUGGCCUGAGCUGGGCGUGCCUCAAGCCUUAUUUGACCCCUAAAAGGUUAUAUUCUAAAAAAGACAGCCAAGUAAGAGUCGAUACUGUACUUAGUAUGUAAUUUUAAUUGCGAUCAGAUUAAGACAUUCAGUGCGAUCAAAUAUUGCUUUCUUAAUACUUCUCUCUUCUUUACUAACACCUCUAAGCGUUACCAGUAUGGGAAAGCAUAUUGGCGUUGCGUGACUUACUUACGAGUCGACGAGCUUCUCAUCUCUUCCAUGUGGAAUGGGAGCCCCCUUCCCCCGGGAGCCAAUUGCAUAACGGACGAAACAGCUGUAACAGGGUUGAAUUCCAAACUUGAAAUCAUACUUAGUCUCAGACACGUAUUCUGAAGAUUCUUCAGGCAUAUCAAAACAUAUUUCCACCAUUUUUCCAGAUCGUGGGACGGAUCAUGUAUUUACUCAGCACCAAGCCAAGACCCCAGGGACGCAGAAAAAGAAGCUUCACGAAUGAGGGAAGUGAUUUCCUUCGCAGCCUUCGGAAAAGGGUCGGAAGAGUCGCAUUUGAUAGCUUUAUGGCAGUACAAGGCGAUGUGUCUUUGAUGUUUGUCAUAGAUAGUACAGGAAGUAUGAGGGAUGAAAUCCAAGCAGCUAAAAACAUCGCCAAGGACAUCAUCAAUUACAACCGGAAAGUGCCCAUCAAGGAAUACAUUCUGUCACCUUUUAAUGACCCUUAUCCGUGU